AUGGCGGUGCAACAUUUCAGCGCAGAUGUUGCGGACGGCGACCAAGAUUUUUCAUUCAGUGAUGAGCCUCGCGGCUCGAGGUUCCAAUCCAGUCCUAGACAAGGAGGCAAUAUGCCGGUAAUGACGCCAUCUGCUCCGUCCAAUGCUGCUCCAUCGGUUCUUGGCAAAGGUGACAGAGAUCCGCGAGAUUUGGAAAUGCAGCCGCUGACAAGCAAAGACAACGGAGAAGACAGUUCGUCGACGCAGCCCAGCAGACAGGCAGAGCGCCCAAAGAAAAGACUUUACAAUGUCUGGCCUUCUCGAAACAAGUUCUUCUGCAAAGGUACCAUGAUGACAGGUGGUGAGACAGAGAUGGGUAUCACUCCCAACUGCUCGGUUCCAAACCUUUGUGUUUGGACUUGCAUCCUGGCGCCGUGCUCCUUGUAUUUCAUCUGGGUGUUUCCUCAUCUAUGGCGGGAAGGCUGCUACGCGCUGCCCCUGGCAACUUUGGCCGUAUUCUUGAUGGCUACCGGCUUCUUGCUGGCUACAUGCUGUUCUGAUCCUGGUAUCAUCCCUCGCCGAGAGGUGGUGAUUGCUACCAAAACAGCACAGCAGUUGCAGGAAAGGCUAGGAUACGAUCUGUUGGCCAGCGAUUCGGUUCCACUGGACGGCAGGGGAGGGGGCAGAAACCUGCCAGUGGAGCUUACAAGUCGUGGCUACAGAUGGUGCAGGACAUGCCGAAUCAUCAGGCCACCGCGAUCUUCACAUUGUCCCGACUGUGACAACUGCGUCUUGCGGUACGAUCACCAUUGUCCCUUCGUUAACAAUUGCGUCGGCCAGCGCAACUACCAUUUCUUCUUUGGCUUCGUGACCUCUGUGCUCUGUUUGGCCAUGAUGGUGCUGCCGGUUCUUUUCUGGUUCCUGAACAGCGAGAACUUCGAGUUGGCGGUUGACGGGAUGAUUCACGUGAGCAGCGGGGCUUUGCAGCCUGUUUUCUACGCGCUGAUUGCGCUUGGUGCACUUGUUGGCAUUGCGACGCUUCUUUCGUUUGUGCUGUGGGUCUAUCAUGUGUUCCUCAUCGCGACGAAGAGGACGACAAAGGAGUUUCGUCGAAACCUCUCCAACAUUGCGGAGGAGCCAACGCUUUGUGCAUCUCGUGGUCCUCGGCUCUUUGAUCCCUGGGCACUUGUUGAUCCUCGAGAUGUCAUACGAGUUGAUGAAGAGCCGCCUCCCAUGCCGAGCAACUUCUGCACGGACUUGUGGAGCUCCUGUUUCGGGGAGGAUUGA